CUCCACCUGGUGAAAAACACGAAAUGCGCAUUUUACAACAAACUUCUCCGCACUUCGGUUCCGCUACACAACCAUAUUCGGGCUCAGCCCCCUGUGCCACAAGGAGACUUAGACUGGUUAUGAGACAAACAGAAAACAAAACAGUCAGGCAGAGACAAUAGGAACGCAGUCCUGGAAAGGAUUCAGAAAGGUACCAGAAUACCCACACUGCCACCAGCUAAGCAGCUGUUACUGUGAGCAGGCUCUAAUGUGAUAGUGGAUCCACGUUUUGCCAGUCAUCAAGGCAGCACACAAUGGCUCUGAACAUCCCAGGGCUGGUGGUAAUGGUGGUCUUCUACCUGAUGGUGCUGGGCACUGGUCUGUGGGCCUCGAUGAAGUCCAAACGGGUGCAGAAAAGCAGCCAAGCAGCCCGGACAGAGGUCACUUUGCUGGGAAACAGAGGGAUCAGUAUGGUAGUAGGAGUCUUCACAAUGACCGCUACUUUUGUUGGCGGGGGCUUUAUCGUUGGUCUGACAGAAGCAGUGUACACACCAACUAUGGGGCUGGCCUGGGCAGUCAUGCCAUUAACAGCAGCCCUGUCUUUUAUUGUUGGUGGACUUUUCUUUGCCAAACCAAUGAGAGAAAGAAAAUAUGUGACAAUGAUGGACCCAUUCCAGAUCAAGUAUGGAAAGUCAAUAAGUGGAGCUCUGUCCGUGGCUCUGUUAAUUUCUGAUCUAAUCUGGGUGACAGGAACUCUUAUCGGCUUAGGAGCAACAAUAAGCGUGGUCCUGGAUUUAUCCUACGCUGUUUCCAUUUGGAUCUCUGCUGCUGUAGCCAUCAUAUACACAUUAAUGGGAGGUCUCUACUCUGUAGCCUACACAGACAUAAUACAGCUAACACUCAUUUUCUUCAGUAUGUGGCUCUGUGUCCCCUUCACCUUAAUGAACCCCCACUCUAUGGACAUUACUAAGACUGCUUUCAACUUUACCUACCAAGCCCCCUGGAUUGGUUCUGUAGAUAAAGAAAGGCUAUGGAGAUGGAUUGAUAAUUUCUUAUUAUUGGCUUUAGGUAACCUUGGAUAUCAGGACUUCCACCAGAGGACUCUGUCAGCCUCCUCAUCAAAUACAGCCAGGAUCACCUGCUUUAUUGCAGCUCCACUUAUUUUUGUACUUGGAAUCCCAUCUGUGUUGAUUGGAGCAGUCGCAGCAUCAACAGAUUGGAACAUGACCUUAUAUGGCUCCCCAUCCCCCUUCAAGCGAGGAGACGCUGGUCAGGUUCUGCCAAUUGCUCUGCAGUACCUCACUCCAAACUACAUCUCCAUCAUUGGUAUUGGAGCUGUAGCUGCUGCUGUGAUGUCCUCAACAGACUCUGCUCUAUUAUCUGCCGCCUCCAUCUUCUCAUCCAACAUAUAUAAGAGCAUCCUAAGGACCACAGCAUCAGACAGGGAGCUCCAGUGGGUGAUCCGUGUCACUGUGGUCCUGGUGGGCGUGGCUGGCACAUCGCUCACCUUCCUAAACAACAGCAUCAUGGUUUUUUGGAUCCUGGGCUCAGACAUAACCUACACCAUCAUGUUCCCUCAACUAGUCUGCGUCCUCUUUUUUAACAUCUCCAAUGGUUAUGGCUCUAUCAUGGGCUUGCUAGUUGGAGUGUUGCUGAGAUUGCUCAGUGGUGAACCAUCCAUAGGGUUACCUGUUGUCCUUCACUUCCCAGGUUGCACUCUUGAACAUGGCAUUUAUGUCCAGCGCUCUCCGGUCAGGACUAUCUGCAUGUUGUGAUUUCUGAGAGGUGGGACGUACCCAAAGUGAAGGCCAACAAAGAAUCACAAAAAUUAACAUUAAUGAUCAAUGGCAUCAUCAAAACACACAAGGAGGAGAAGGUGGUCAGAAUGAAACUGAACUAAUACUAACCCCCAGUCAGUUGGAGUGACAAACUAAAUGAUUUAGUGGGAUGCAGAUGUGUUUUUAUGGUGAUUUAUUACCACACCUUCUGUUUUUCUGGCAGAAAAACAGAAAUGAAGGACUUUGGAGGAAUUCAUUGUUUAUAAUCAGUGCAUGGUUUGUUCCUGUUUAUGUUAAGAAUCUGUCACUGACUUACUUUAAAAAAAAUACUUGAACCUUCUCUUUUUAGCACUUAUAUACCAUUGCUUAGAAAAGGUUGUAGCUAUGCAGCUUACAGCUGUUGCACACAAAUACUUCAUAAAUUACAAUCUUUCUUUUGUAGAAUUCAGUAAAAUUGUAAAAUUUUACAGUUGCUUUGUGAUAAAUGUGUUUUGUUUUGUUUUGUUUUUUUAAUCGGAAUAAUUAUAUUAGGGCAUUUGCAGUUUUAUCAAUGAGUCAUUAUACAAUUAUGAAAGAUUUUGAAAUUGUAAA